ACACUGACAAACUCUGAGUGUUGAGUCGGCUGAAUGAGGGCACAGCGUGCUGAAGGCUGGAGCUGCUCUGUCUCUUUAAGAGCGGAACCCUUCACUGAAACAAACGCUCAACCCCCAACGAGUCACUGAAGCUGUCAAUCAGCGGUCGGCACUCUUUGAUCUUCGCACUACUGGCCUGCUCUGGGGCUCAAAAGCACUAUUUGUUGCUGCCGGGCUCCAUUACUUUCAAGUUGCGGAGGUCCUCCAUAGCACAACAACUUUUUUCACCCCCUCAUCCAUUUGAACCGCGUGAGCUCCUAAAGAACAAGAACAAGAAAGUUUUCUUGUUUUUUUGUCACAGGAAACAGGCAGCGUUUUUAAUUUCUUUUUCAAGAGCAAAAUGCCGCAGCUCAACAGUGGAGGGGGUGAUGAUCUCGGUGCCAACGAUGAAAUGAUUUCUUUCAAAGACGAAGGUGAGCAAGACGAGAAAAUCCAAGAAAACGCUUUUACGGAGGGGGACCUGGCUGACCUCAAGUCGUCUCUGGUGAAUGAAUCGGAGAUAAAUCAAAACUCAAACGCAGCGGUGGUUAGAAGGGGACAACAAGACGAACAGAGAGUUUACGCAGAGAAACACAGAGAACAUCUUGACGAAGUCCCAAAACAUCAAGAUGGAGGGAUGUACAAAGCACCAUCCUACUCUGGAUACCCCUUUCUGAUGCUGCCGGACCCAUAUCUUCCUAACGGCCCAGUGUCACCAUCUGCUAACAAAGUGUCAGUGGUACAGCAACCUCAUGGGAUGCACCCGCUCACGUCGCUUCUGCCCUACAGCAACGAACAUUUCAACCCCAGCCCUCCGCACCUGCCAACAGACAUGAGCCAGAAGCCAGGCGUUCACAGGCAUCAGUCCCAGGACCUCACCAGCUUCUACCCCCUGCCCCCAGGUGGAGUUGGCCAAAUCACCCCAUCCAUGAGCUGGCAAAGUCAGCCUGUGUAUCCACUCUCUUCGUGUGGCUUCAGGCAGCCCUACUCCUCGAGUCUUCCCAGCAGCUCCUCCUACUCCAGGUUCUCUCACUCUCUGAUGUUGGGGCCGUCUAGUAUGCACCCUACAGGGAUCCCACACCCAGCUAUAGUGCCCCCAUCGGGCAAACAAGAGCAUGACCAGUUUGACAGGAACAUGUAUGCUAAGCCUCAUUCUGAGCCAAAGAGAGAAAGAGAGCCCAAGAAGCCAGUCAUCAAGAAGCCUCUAAAUGCCUUCAUGCUUUAUAUGAAGGAGAUGAGGGCAAAAGUCAUUGCAGAAUGCACUUUGAAGGAGAGCGCAGCAAUCAAUCAGAUCCUGGGACGCAGGUGGCAUGCUCUGACUCGUGAGGAACAGGCUAAGUACUACGAGCUUGCCAGGAAAGAGCGGCAGCUCCAUAUGCAACUCUAUCCCAGCUGGUCUGCCCGAGACAACUAUGGCAAAAGAAAAAGGAGAAAAAGAGACAAGCAACAAGAUUCUACCACAGGAGGAAAAAGAAGUGCAUUCGCUACCUUCAAGGAGGACAGUGCACCAGCCCCCAUUCUUCCGAUGGAAGUGCUAUAGACUCGCCCUCCUCUCCUGUCCAUCACCUGCCACAGCCCACCUCUCCUUCACACUGCCCCUCACUUUGCCUUACGUCACCAAUCAGCAAUCUCCAUACAGCACAGAACAGAAAACACUCCAACACUCUGCCCUGUCCUCUCAGAUCCAGUAAACUCUCUCUUGCCUUCAGCAGAGUUAAAACAGACAACUGUCCAUAACCUCCAGCCAGGCUGCCCUGUACCCCAGGCCCACUAACAUCAACACCCAUCUGCCUCCAUUCAAAUCCACCUGCUCGUCAUCCGCCAAGACCUUCACUAGAGACGGCAUGGAAUACAGAUCAGACAUCGGGAGCCUAUACCAGCACCAAGCACAAAAGGAAAAUGCUAACCGUGGACAGUCUUAUAUCCUGUCUAAGGUGUUUUGUGCUUUGGUUUGCCCUCUUCUUCCAAGUGGAGAAAGAGCAGCUAUUCCUUUCUAAUCAGUGAAGGCAUUUUCUUUUAUAAUAGAUUCCACAGGUGCUUCCCCACAUGGCGAGUAAAAGUCAGAAAAUGUUUUCAAAUGAUCAAGAGCAAGUUUUCUGUAAAUGUUGUCAUGACUACACAUUACAGUUAAUGGCAAUGCAUUAUUGAAUGAAAACCCUACAAUGGGUGUUCAAUCUUAUCCUCAAAGAAGACAGUAUGGCUGCAGGUUUUCACUCCAAACAAGCUGAAGUACACCUGAUUCUACUUGUUUAAUCAGUUGGUCUUAGCCUUCAAACAUUUUAUCAGGUGACCUUCUGCUUUGUUGGAGUGAAAACCUGCAGUCACACUGGCCCUCUAAGAUUGGAAAAAGAUUGGGCACUGCCCUACAACAUCCAGGAUCAACCUGUGUAUCCAGAAAACUUAUCCCAAGUCCUUCCAUUUCCCUGGUUUGGCCUGUAAAACUUUCUUGAAAAACCAAAUGCGUUCUAUUUCAAGUGUUGUAAAUCUGUUUUUUAUAGAUAUGGAAUUCUCUAUAUAUAAUUAAACUUUUAUAUGUUUUUAUGUAAAAAAAAAAGAAAAAAAUUGGUUGUUUUCAUAGUCUUUCUGUUUUUCUUACAUUAAAAAAGCCACUUUUGAAAAUAGAUUUUGUUCUAUAGAGUUGAAAUAGUGUGUAGUAUGUCUGUCAUUGAUCCAAACACCACUGUGUAAAAUGAAGUAUGUGCAUGUCUUUUCAGCAUCAGAAAUAGUCAGCAAAAAAAGAAAAUGCUUCAUGUCUGUGCUGUCAAACUGCUCUAUAUGCAAGCCAAUCAGUAUUCAUUCAAUGAAUCUAUUCUGACAUGGAAUAAAAGUGCAAGUUUCCCAUGUUCAAAUGGAGCGUUCAUUUAAGUCAAUAUAAUGUCCGAAUAUGGUUCUUCUGCUGCACUCAAACUACUGUGCUUGUUCACCUCAUAUACAGCAGAGGGAGCUGUUCUACAUGACUGCUCCUUUUAUCUACUCUAUGUAUUUAAAAAAGAAAAAAAAAUCAGUAUUCAUGACCGACAAUACACGCAAAGUAAACUUAGACAUUUUUUCCUCUCUAUUUUAAUACAAGUGGAUUUGUUAUUUUUCUUUGGUGGAACAUCAUUUUGAUUACAUUAAACUAUUUUGGAAAUCUG